AUGGGAGACUGGAGCCUGCUGGGAAAGCUGCUGGAGAGUGCCCAGGAGCACUCCACAGUGGUGGGCAAGGUCUGGCUGACCGUUCUCUUCAUCUUCCGUAUUCUGGUGCUUGGCACAGCAGCCGAGAAGGUGUGGGGUGACGAACAGUCAGGCUUUAGUUGUGAUACCAAGCAGCCUGGUUGCCAGAACGUCUGCUACGACAAGACCUUCCCCAUCUCACAUGUCCGUUUCUGGGUGCUGCAAAUCAUCUUUGUGUCUACACCUACACUUAUCUACCUGGGACACAUUUUACAUCUAGUGCGCAGGGAGGAGAAGUACAAACAACAGGAGAAGAAGUUGUCCCAGCAGGGUGACCAACAGCCCUUUAUAGCUGAGAUCAAGUUCAAAAAUGCCCCUGUGCGGGAUGAACAGGGCCAUAUUCGCCUCCAGGGUGACAUUCUGCGUACCUAUGUUUUUAAUAUAAUCUUUAAGACCCUCUUUGAGGUGAGCUUCAUUGUGGCACAGUAUUUUCUAUAUGGCUUCAACCUCAAACCCCUCUACCAAUGUGACCGGCUACCCUGUCCUCACAUUGUGAAUUGCUAUAUCUCUCGGCCCACUGAGAAGACCAUAUUCAUUAUCUUCAUGCUGGCUGUGGCCUGCCUAUCACUUCUGCUCAACCUGGUGGAGAUGUAUCAUCUUGGCUUUACUAAGUGCCGCCGGGGCAUCAGGUACAAAAGAGCUGAGCUUUCAUCAGAGAUAUCCACCAAAGCUCCAAGUGAGGUCCCUAUGUCAUUUAUGCCCAAUUACAACUACCUCCAUGGACACCAGACCCAUUACCAGUCAGCCCGGGGUUACAGCCUGUCCCCCAUGGGUGACCAGAACUCAGUUUUUCAGCAAUAUAACAACAAGGCAGCUUACAUGCAGAACAAGGAUAACUCUUCAUUUGAGAGGAGUAGUAAACCUGAGGAAUGUGAUCUAAAUUUAAAGAAGAUCUUAGAUUCAGUGCCUGGCACACUGACGGAUUACCAGGUCCAGCCCAGCCAAUCUGGAAAGUACAGCAAUAACAGGACAAGAAUAGAUGAUUUGAAGAUCUGA